AUGGAGAAAGACGGAACAACAUCAACGUGUGGUGUUUGUGGUGAUGUCAGUGACGGACAACAUUUCGGUGCCGUGGCGUGUCGCGCUUGUGCCGCUUUUUUCAGGCGAUCCACAGUAACCGAACGCAAGUAUACUUGUCGAUUCGACGGCGACUGUCCAAUAGGCAAAGGUCAACCUCUGUUCCUAAUUCCUCCGUAUCACAUUAAAUUAAUGCUAAAACCGCAGAUGAGUAAAGUUGAAGGUGUUCAAAGGAAUCGAGAUGGACUAGGGACGAGGAGUGAGCGUAAACCCACUCUGGUUCAAGCGAUCACCGCAUCGUUAUCAGUUGAUGCAUUUUCACUCAACUCCGAAAUAUCACCUCCGUCAACGAACUGUUCACAAUCGAGCAAUAACAUCAUCGUGCCAACCUCCUCCAUACAAACCUUCUCACCACAAGAUCAACCAAUCGCGUUGCCCACUCCUGUGAUCACCCAAAUGCCCGAUGAAUCACAACAGCAGGUCUGCCUUCUGUAUUGUUGUUGUUAUCAUUAUCAAUAA